GAUAGUAAUGCUCUCAGAAGAAUAACAGCACAACAUUGCGCAGGAGCUGCUCAGGAUUAACGCACAUCCAGCACUCUCUUCGUGUUCUUCAACACGAAAAACACAUUUUUUUCUUCAUUAUGGGGGAAAAUAUGGUUAUCAUGGAUGAACUUUGCGAAAUGGAUUGCAACGUUUUGAAAAGGUUGUUGAAGGACGACAGUGCGAAAUGUCUGGUGCUGGACUGCAGAUCAUUCCUGGCGUUUAGCGCUGGACACAUUCGGAGUGCAGUGAAUAUCCGCUGUAACACAAUCGUGAGAAGGCGAGCAAAGGGCUCCGUGAGUUUAGACCAGAUUCUAUCCGGUGAUGAAGAGGUCAAAGCCCGGCUGAAAUCAGGACUGUACUCCGCUGUGAUCCUCUACGACGAGAGGACGCCCGACAUAGACACGGUUAAAGACGAUAGCACAAUCACUUUGGUGCUCAAUGCAUUAUACAGAGACACGUUUGGAACUGAAAUAUAUCUACUCAAAGGGGGCUAUGACACAUUUUUCACGGAGUAUCCCGAGUUCUGUUUGAAGACCAAAACGUUAUCUUCGUUCUCUACGCAGUCCAGUUUGGACUCCUGUUCUUCCUGUGGAACUCCACAGACGUUGCACCAUGACCAGGCUGGUCCAGUGGAGAUUCUUCCCUUCCUGUACCUUGGCAGUGCCUUCCAUGCCUCCAAAAAGGACAUGCUGGACGGCAUGGGCAUCUCAGCCUUGCUCAACGUGUCCUCUAACUGUCCCAACCACUUCGAGGGGGUCUACCAGUACAAGUGCAUUCCUGUGGAGGACAACCAUAAAGAGGACAUCAGCUCCUGGUUCAUAGAAGCCAUUGAGUUUAUCGACUCUGUGAAAGACUCUAACGGACGUGUGCUGGUGCACUGCCAGGCGGGCAUCUCUCGCUCUGCCACCAUCUGCCUGGCAUACCUGAUGAAGAAGAAGCGUGUUCGCCUGGACGAAGCCUUUGAGUUCGUCAAGCAGCGCCGCAGUAUCAUCUCCCCUAAUUUCAGCUUCAUGGGUCAGCUGCUGCAGUUUGAGUCCCAGGUGCUGGCCACGUCAUGUGCGGUGGAGGCCGCCAGCCCCUCGGCAGCCAGCCUGGGCCCCAAGUCUUCCUCCACCCCCACCUCACCCUUCAUAUUCAGCUUCCCCGUCUCCGUGGUAGCACAUGGCCAGCCCAGCAGCCUGGCCUACCUGCACAGUCCAAUCACAACCUCGCCCAGCUGCUGAUGCCCUGCACCACAGACAGACAUCGACACUGAACUGACCCAAGGGGCUCCUGUCAGCCCCAUUUCUCUCACUAUCCAGGGCAGAGAGAGAGAGAGAGAGUUUCUCUUCUCCUAACUUGGUAUAAGCUGAAAAGUCCAUUGACAAUGAAAAACUGAGGGUGCCUAUGCUGCUGCCUGACUCAAAAAACUGUAUAGAAUAUGACACACACACACACACACUCAUUCAUCACUAUUUGGUGAACAUUAAAUAAGCUUUUUCUGAAAACAGGCUCAAGGAGAUAUGCAGUUCCUGUGGUUUAGUGCGAAGGACGUGGCGGCAGACUUCUAAGUUGCAGUCCGUCUCUUUCAUUUCCUGUGGAGUUUUCCAAAGCCUCUCCAGUCCUGCUGAGAGGGGUGAAUGGCCAUGAGCAGAGAUGCAGAGAAAAGGAAAGAGCAAAGAGGGGAGGAGAGAGAAAGAGAGAGAAAGUGCGCUCAGUCAUUUAGUCGCUUCCUGACAGAGAGCAGGAGGCUCUUCAGUUGUGACAGGUGCUCUACUAACGUCCUGUCCGGCUUCCUGUCCUUGACAUCCCCAUCCCAUCUCCCAUGUGCCCCCCUCCUCUCCUGGAGCAGGACUGCUGAUGAAUGAGAGAAUAAAAGCGUCCCCCAUGCGGAGGUGGAGAGGCCGUUGAGAUAAAGAGACAAGCUUUCUGAGACGGUGCCAAAUUAACGUCUGAGCUCCUGCUACAUAGCCCGGGCAACCCCUGGUCUUCCAUGUAAUAGGCUCGGUCGGAUGGACAGAUGGGCUUUUGUGGAGAAAGUUUUUUUUUCUUCUGUUUGUUGGUCAGUGCCUUGUUCAGAAAAGGUAUAGGAUGUUUUUUCCGGCGCUUUGGAUGUGCUCAAGUGCCCCAGCGCCUUUCCUUUUCAAACAGACUGAGGCAGAUAAGCUGGGAAAUCACUAAACAACAACGUUUCAAGUCAACACUGCAAUACAGACAAUGUAAUCCCAUCCGUUCCUCUCCCCCAAGUAGAGCAAUAAUCCGUU